AUGGGUGGUAACUCUAGCACUACAGAGCCUAAUACAGUGGAUAUCUCGAUUUCUUGCUCUUAUGAGGAAUAUCCUGGAGAGCUUGCGGAUGAAACGCAGAAAUGGAAAAUACCAUCCCCGUCACUGUUCAACGCCAGCUGGCAAAGCGCGCUGAUUUACCCUUCCUUGGCUGUUCUAUCACCUGACAGCGCAAUAUCUUGGAUAUUCACUGUUUCAUUGGCUCUGAAGUCUCUGCUUUCGUUUGUCACUGAAGUUUUUUUCUUUCUUUUCCCUCUGCCGAUAGCGCUGCCUACUCUCCCUUCUUCACUCUCCUGCAACUUGCAGUAUCGCAACGCUUCAUAUCUCAACUGGAGGCGAAUUACCACAAGCACAGCUAUUUCAACGCUCUGCAUGGUCUGGAGCCUGAAUAACCUGCCGGGCGAUUCAACGUCUGCGUCUGAGGCUGGCUUGUUGAUGGAUGCAAACUUGACCAAAGAGAGUUCGAAGAUGGCACAGAAUUGUCAAGUUUCUCCCACGGCCACUGAAGGAGACGCGUCGCCGAGAAAGCACUCCGAGUUGACAAAAGACGACGCCAGUUCCUCUUCGACCGAGAUGCUUGAAUCGAACCACGGCCAGACCUCGGACAAUAUCCUGACGACACCAACAACACUACAAUGGUUCAACGAAUUGGUGGCCAAAAAGCCCACAACGCCAAGACUGACUUCAGCAACCAAUACCCAAAUGGCAACCCUCCAAGAGGAAAUAAAACUCCUAAAACAAGACUUGCGCAAGCUACAAGACCAACACCAGAGCCUUGAGGACACAAUCCAUAUCCUCUUGGAAACUACCAAGUCGAUGCGACAAGCCAACUCAACUUUGGCGGCCACGCUCUCCAGCAACAACAAUCGCGUCGACAUGCACGACCAAAUGAUAGAACAACUGGCUGCAUGGAUCUUGGCGUUGGAGAACCAAACACAAGCCCGAACGCCCGCAGAUUCGGAAGAUGAUAACGCCUGAGAUAUUUCGGUUACUGAGGAACUCAGCUUA